UGUGAUUAUUAUCAUAACCUUACAUUUUCAUGCAUAAACAAGCAAACACAUUUAGCAUUAUAAACGCUUAGAUAUCGUACAGUUAGUAGUAUUAUCACAGAAAUAUUAUGACUUGAAGAGUACUUAAUGCGAUAACGAUUCUCGAAGGAAUGGAUAAACACGGUCGGAACAAGGUGCAGAAUAAAAAGCUCCCGAUCACCGAUAUCAAAGUCGACACCUCAAUCGUCGCGAGGCGAAGCUUAUUACCUCUGAUAAAAGGUUAUUACCAGGAAAGCGCUCUACCCGCUUGGCAACAAACUGCCUACCCUCUAGCCAGUAUUUAUUAUGCUCUCAACGCCGAUACGGAUCCGACUCGAAGAAUCGGCGAUUUUAUCGAAAAUUCAGCCGUUCGGCCGCACUUUAAACCGCCUACGCUUCACUGCGAUCCAUACUCGGAAGAAGAGGCGCGAAUUAGAUAUCUCGAGACAAAACCCGUCUGUUACAUCGUCUUCGGAAAGCCGGGCUUGGAUGUCGAACGACUGGCCGAGUCGAUCGCGAUCGAGAGAAACUGCGUCUUGAUUUCGGCCAGUAAGAUCCUGCGUGAUAUCGAGGAAAACGGUGAUUUGCGCAAGAGGAACAAAUUUGAAUGCGGAUGCGAUUCAAGGGAAGAUAUUGCAUGGGAUAUUGUGCUGGAUCGCGUUGAUAAGCGGGAUAUUUUGCACAAGGGUUACGUGCUCGAAGGUUUGCCUAUUACUCAGAGCUGUAAACCGUCCAUCGUUUCAGCUUCUUCGGAGUCGGUUGGAGAGAACGAUAAUUAUUUAUUGAUAGCUCUGCAAACAGAGUCGACGGCAUCGGAGGAAACGGUAAUUACGCGCGAAGCUGCCGAUUCGCAGAAAUCUACGUCAUCGAGCGAAUUGAGCGUUCAGAGCACAUCAGUGAAGUCUUUGUGUUCGAUGUUGUCGAAUAAUAAUAAUACCGAUUUGUUGGGCAUUUCGACUUUGGCGAGCGAGUCAAGUAUGAAAAGUUCGGAAACAUGCGCGUGUUCCAAUCAAGCGAGUGAUGUCACUAAGUGCUCAAGUACCGUCGCAGCUUCAAUACAGCUGGAAGAAAUUUUCAAUAAUUGGCACUUGAAGCCUAAUGUUAUAAUACACGUUAGCUGUCCUGACGAUGAAAUUUUAGAAAAACAUAACGCCAGAGAUAGCAACUCAGAGUCAUCGGCUGAGCAAAUCGAAAGAGAAUCUGAUAGCCUCUCUGAAUUGUCUGAUAUGUUGUCGAACAAGCUUAGCAACAAUGCAAAUUCAGAAACUCAAUUCGGAAAUCCCACCGAGCGCUUAAUCGAUGAAUUGCGCAACUACGAGGAAAAUUGCGCGAAAAGUAUUGAAAAAGUUAUUUCCUCGCACAAUCCGCAAAACGUAAUACGUAUCGACGGACGCUACUCCUUUGAUCACUGUUUUCAAUCGAUAAAGAUACGUUUGGAAUUUUUACCCUUGCGAGCGGUGAUUAUCCCUCGAAGAAUGUCCGAAUUAGCGAGCAAUUUCGGCAGCGGCGACGACGAGACCGAGAGCGAGAAUGAAAGCGAAGAUUACGAGCACGAGUCCUUUGAAAAUUUCGAGGAUGAAAAUUUAAAUUUGAAACGCGUAUUCGACGAAAUAAAGCGAAGCGGAAUACCGUCUGCCAAGUUUCAAUGGAAAUUAUCGCGUUGGAAAUUCCUUUGUCCGGUCGAGCUGGCAAAGGGGAGGAAAAUCGAAGGAAGGAAAAAGUUGGCCGCGCGAUUCAUGAAUUGGGUAUUCUUCUUGUCGUCGAACGAUGCAAUGGAAGCUUUCAUCGAGAAUCCAAGGCCGUAUUUACUGCCACCGAAUCCGAGAGCCUACUGUAGAAUCACCGUAAUUGGCCCCCGAUUCUCGAGGAAAACGAGAUUAUGCUUUGAUUUAGCGAGGAACUUGGACAGCGUCGUUAUAAAUUUACGUGAUAUAAUUGCGAGAUUAACUCAAGAAACGACGGGAAGCUUCGACACGUCGGAAUUAGUUUCUGCGAUUGUUGAGAGUACCGAAAAUUUGCCCGAACAAGAUUGCGGAGAUUUUUCGAGGAACCGAGGAUGGAUUUUGGAUGGUUUACCGUUGGACUUUGAGCUUUGUAAGAAGCUUUUGGAGAACGAUGUACAUAUCGAUAGCGUCAUUGUACUGUUUGAAAGCGAACCGUAUUCUAAGUCGAUGGAGGCAUUUUUUAAAGUGCAAGAUGAAAGCUCGGAGCAAAGUGUGAGCGAAGAAUCUUGUGAAAGCAGUAUCGAAGAGACGUCGCAAAAUCACAGCGGUAAAUCAUUUUCUCUGUCGCAGUAUGAGGAGCAGCUUAAAUACUUCGAGAAUAAUAGAAAAUUCUUCGCCAACAAGCUGUCACACAUUGGCGUCGAUGUCAUUCUAUGCGAUCUUCAAAAAAUCGAUGAUGUAUCAGAUCACAUAAUAUCUCAAGUGCGAAAAGAUUACCAGUUUACUGUAAGACGGUUAGAUGAAAAGGACGAUGAUUAUCUCGAUGACGAUGACGAAGAAAAUCAAGUAGAAGGAAGCAGCACGGAAACUAACGGUACCACUAGCUCGUUAAGUAGUCAACAAGAUAACAAUCUUCUCUUGGGCGACUGCAAUGUUUUCUGCCCGAUCGCUUUGAUAGAGCAUAAGGUAUUGUGGAAAGGUAAAGAAAAAUAUCGCUGCUUGCUCGAUGACAAGUUGUUUUUCAUGUCAAGUGAAUCGUCGCUGCAUAACUUCGUCAACGAUUAUACAAAAUUGCAAUUACCACUUUCUAAGCCUUUUUCGCACAUUCCACCCCUUAGAAUUUUCAUCGUUGGUCCGCCUGGAAGUGGCAAGUCGACUCUAGCCAAGUCGAUUUCAAGAGAAUACGGCCUAGCGCAUAUUGAUUUUUACAAACGUCUAGAAGAGUACGCUCUGAGUCGCGGAAUAGACGUAAAACAUUUGAAGUCGAAAUACGCAAACCAAUACGAAGAAGAAAACUCCAGCGAAGAUUCAUUCGAAGAAGUCGAGUCACCGGAAAACUUUGAUGAUUCAAAAUACGAUACAGGCAAAGCAACGAUAAGCAGCUUCUUCAUAAAAUACAAAAAAGAAGGCACUGCACUUCCUCGUGCUGUAGCAAACGAAUGCAUACUAAACUUUUUCAAGACUCCUUUCGAUCAAUGCGGUAUAGUCGUCGAUUCUUUCCCCAACUGUAUCGAAGAUUGCGAAAUGAUGUUGAAACUAUUCGCUAUUCCCGAUGUCAUCGUCGAACUUGAGUGCAGUUACGUCGAUUCGGAGGAAAGGUCGUUAAAAUCGAUGAUGGUCGAAUGGAAACUAGAACAAGAGACAAAGAGAAACGAAGAGGAGACUAGAUUUUCCGAUCUUAUGAAAAAUUAUCUCGACAAGAAAGACGAAUGGACGAGGCAAGAGAAGCUUAGAAGGUACAAAGAGAGAAAACUCGAUCUAGAAGAGCACGAAUCUUCCCUCUCAGACAACUCGAGUGCAGACUUGCCAGAGAGCUUGAGCUCUUCUUACACAAGCGACUUUACGUCGGUCAUUACCACCGAAGACGAGAUAGAAAUAGAGGAAACCUUUUACAAACUUUAUCCAGAGCCCGAGCCACUCGACGAUUGGGAAAGCGAAGAGUCGGCUAAUCAAAAGUUCGCUAUGCAGAUCGAAGCUGAUUUCGAGAGAUCCUCGCAAAAUUUGAUUUUCAUGGCCAAUUUUUUCAAGGACGAAAACAUUCCCUGGAUUAAAGUCGACGCGAGUCCCAAAGCUAACAAAGUAUUUAUAAAAACGUCGCUCAUUUUAUCUCCCCACAUCCAAAGAAACGCGUCGCUACUCGAAAUCACCCACGAACUGGACAACUUAACUGCAGAAAAUUUACUAUCGAGUGGCUACUUCUUCCUCAGCUCUUUCGGCAGAUUCUGUCCCGUCCAGUCGUUUAACGGAACGAACCCGUUUCAAAUGUUCGUGCCUCUCGCGAGCAAGGGCCAGAUAUUCACCGUUCUUCAUCGCCAGUACGUAUACUUUCUAUCGGGCGAAGCAGCUCUUUUGGAAUUCAAAAAAGAUCCACUGAAGUACCUGAUUGGUCAAGAUUCCCAACACCCCAUGAUCCCAGCCUUGAUAUCGAUAAUAGGCCCGCCGAAGUGCGGGAAAAGCACUCUGGCCAACAGAUUCGCCUCGACUUACAGCUUCGAGGUAGUUUCCUGCCACGAAGCCAUAAACUACGUUCUCGACAAUUUUGCAGCCACAAAUCUGUCCAGCUCUAUAAGAAAGAAUUUCCAAAACGGAGACACAGCGACGCCUUGUCAACUCGCCGCUGCGAUCAAGCUUUUCCUCUCCAACCCCAAGUGCGUCACGCAAGGCUGCGUUUUCGACGGAUUUCCCGCAAGCUCAGAAGAGGCGCAAGCUUUAGCUUCUCUGGCUAUCAUCCCGGCCGUCGUCGUCGACCUGAAAGCUCCGUUCAAGUUCACCUUCGAGUGCAUAGAACACGACCCCAACCACGUCUACUCGAGCCCCUCGCAUUUUCAAGAUUUCGAGAGCUGGAAAACCGACGCGCAGGAGUAUCGAACGUGGCUCGCUGAGCAGUACGGAAACGUCGUCAAGGUCGACGCCACGAGGAGCAAAGCCGCCGUGUGGCGACGCGCGGACGAACACGUGCGUUACAUGUUCGGAAAAUUUUUCGAUUACGUACGCGAGGUCGGCUACGAGAAGGUUCACGAUCUCGAGAGCCUGUGCGUCACUCCGCGAGCAAUUCAAAAUAGGACCAGCCGCUUCCAGCUCUACUGCCCCGGCUGCGCCUACUUCGACGAAACUUUCCUAUCUCCCAAUCUCUCGAAGAGCCGCAAAGGCCUCCUACAGUUCCGCGAGCACUUCUACUGGUUCUGCGACAGACACUCGACUGCUUUCGUUCAAGCUCCACACAGACACCUCCGGCUCUUCGAAAAGCUCGACUUGCCCGAUACUCACCCCGAAAUCCUGGCGCACGACGUCGUCGACCUCGAGAACUCCUUCUGGUCCAGCCGACUGGCGAACGGCGGCUACUGCCUCGUGACUUACGCCUCGCAGCUUCCCUCCCGCGUACUGAUCCGAGGCAAGCCGAGUCUCGGCGUACUCUACAAGGACCGACUGCACCUGUUCUGCAGCGAGGCUUGUCGCGGCAAGUUCCGCGCGGGAUUUCCCGGCUACUCGGAACUAGAGAUCCACUUUCCGCGAACGCUGGAGCAGCUGCGGGUGAAGAACCUACCGACGCGAGGCUAUCUCGAGCAGACGCUUGCCAAGCCGCUCGCCAGAGCCGUGAGCCGCGUCGGCGAGCUGAGGCCCAAACUGCCGGGAAUGUCGUCCCGUGACUCGGCCGCCGUUUUUAUCGGCGCUUAUUUGAAGGCGCGUAGCGGCGGAGACGAUGCCGAGGCGCUGAGACGGAUAGAGGCGAGGUGUCGAGUUUUUAGGGACGCUACGGAGGCUGUGAAGAAAAAGGUGAACCCGUGGGUGGUGCAGAAGGUUGGCCAGGGGGACGAGAGGGUUGUGAAGAUCGACGAUUUCGCAGGGAAGGAGGUGUCGAAGGUCGACCUGUUUGAGUUCGCGACGGUCAAGUUUAGGAGGACAUCGCCCACGCAAUCGCUUAUAGAGACCGAUGAGAGCAGCGAUUGAGUGUGUAUAAUUUUUUUGGGGGAAUAAAAGUUCGUUGUUAAGCUGAAA